AUGAAAAAAGGUAAUAUAAAGAAAGUGAAUACAGCUAGGGCGUACCCCAGAAGCGACGUGAAUGAGAGAAAUGCGAAGUAUGCGGAUAAUGAAGAAUAUGCUAGGGCGUUCCCCGUAAGCGACGAAUAUGACAAGAACGAAAAGUCGCAUAUUUUAAUACAAUCUAAAAUAAAAUUAGCUAUGUGGAAUUUGGGCACACUAACAGGAAGGGGUCAAGAGCUGGCGAAAGUAUUACAGGCACGAAAAAUUAACAUAUGCUGCCUACAAGAGACCAAGUGGAAGGGGUCGAAGUCACGAGAUCUGGGACUCGGAUACCAGCUCUUGUACUGUGGCAAUACUAGCAUGCGUAACGGAGUUGCCAUCGUCUUGGAUGAAAACCUCAAACAACCUCUUAUUGACGUAGAAAGAAGGAACGAUCGACUUAUGGCAGUGAAAUUGGCUAUGGAUAACCAACCCCCCUUGAACAUAAUCUCGGCAUACGCACCACAGACCGGGUGUGGCGAAAGUGAGAAAGAAGCUUUCUGGGACGAGUUUGAUGACUUACUAAUCUUAAUGACACCCGAGGAACUAAAAUAUAUUGGAGGAGACCUGAACGGCCAUGUUGGAGCCAAUAACACGACGUACAAAGACAUACAAGGGAAGUUUGGUUAUGGCACACUGAACAAAGACGGAGAACAAAUACUGGAAUUCUGCGCGCGACAUCACCUGGAAGUAGUUAAUACCUUCUUUAAUAAAAAGUCGGAACACCUAGUCACAUAUAAAAGCGGGAACAAGCAAUCUCAAAUUGACUAUAUCCUCACAAACAGAGAUUUACUAAGAACUUUCAGAGACUGCAAGUCUAAAUUUGAAAACCUGUGCAGGAAUUCAGCUGAGAAAACCUUAGGAAUAUCGAGAGGAAAGCUGCAUAAUAACAAAGAUCCUUCAUGGUGGAAUGAAGAAGUAAAAGGCGCAUUAAGGAACAAGAAAGAGUGCUUCAAACAAUGGCAGAGCUCAGGUUUGGACGACGACCGCAUACUAUAUAAAACCGCUAAAAAGCUGGCGAAGUAUAAAGUGGCGAAACAAAGAAAUUACUCCAGGGAAAAGUUCUACAAACGCCUUGAAAAUGCAAACAAUGAUAGAGAUAUAUUUAAGCUCGCCAAACAACGCCAUAAAAACGGUCUGGAUAUUAAAAUUAAUAAAUACAUUAAAAACGAAAAUGGCCUUUUACUAACAGAAGAUAACAAAAUUAAUGAGCGAUGGUGCCAAUAUUAUCAAAAACUACUGAACGAAGAAUUCCCGAGUCAACCAUUGAAUAUAACCCCUAGCGUAGCUGGGCCAUUGAACAAAAUAAGUGAAGAGGAGGUCAAAAGAGCUCUGAAAAAGAUAAAAAACCACAAAGCAGUUGGACCGGAUAGUAUACCCGCUGAUCUGUGGAAGCUGCUGGGGCCUAUUGCUGUACAGUGGCUAACGAAGCUCUUUAAUCAAAUCUUAACCUCCAUGAAGAUCCCAAAGUCCUGGCGUCAUAGUUAUCUGGUACCUUUCUACAAGAACAAAGGAGAUGUCAGUGACUGCGGCAAUUAUAGGGGUAUCAAACUUACUUCCCAUACUUUGAAACUAUGGGAGCGCAUACUCAACAAUCGACUCUGUCAGUUGGUGUCCAUAUCUGAUAAUCAGUGUGGUUUCGCGCCAGGAAGAUCAACAACUGAUGCAAUCCAAGCCAUAAGGAUUCUGAUGGAAAAACACCGAACCAACAGAGAAGACCUCCACCUAGUGUUCAUAGACCUGGAAAAGGCUUUCGACAGAAUACCACGUAAAUUAGUUUGGGAAGCUAUGAGAGCACAACAAAUACCAGAACUCUAUAUUCACCUGGUGCAUGAUAUGUAUCAAAACAUAAGCACACAGGUGAGAAGCCUGGCAGGACUUAGCGAACCGUUCCAAGUUAAGGUCGGAGUGCAUCAGGGAUCGGCACUAAGCCUAUUCCUAUUUAACCUAUCUCUGGAUUAUCUAACUAAAGACAUCCAGUCCCCCCUCCCAUGGUGCAUGCUAUAUGCGGACGAUAUUGUGCUCAUCGACAAAUGUGCGAUUCGACUGCAAGCGACACUCGAGCAAUGGAGACAGGCUCUCGAGAACAAUGGCCUCCAUAUCAGCAGGAGCAAGACCGAGUUUCUGAGAUGCAGUUUUAGUGAACAAUAUACGCCUAACAUAAGUGUCUCCAUCGACGGCCAGCCACUGCCCUGCGUCAAUAAAUUUAAAUACCUCGGGUCAGUGCUAACAGCGGAUAUCAACAUUGACGCAGACGUCACUCAUAGAAUUAAUGCAGCGUGGCUAAGGUGGAGAACCCUAUCAGGAAUACUUUGCGAUAGCAGGAUGCCAAUACAACUGAAAGGCAAGAUUUACAAAACUGCUGUAAGACCUGCCAUGUUAUAUGGUGCCGAAUGCUGGGCGGCCAAGAAGAUUCACGAAAAAAAGAUGCACACGAAUGAAAUGAAAAUGCUACGAUGGUCAGCAGGCGUAACGAGACUUGAUAAAGUGCGCAAUGAGUACAUCAGAGGUUCCUUUAAAGUUGCGCCCAUUGUAGAUAAGAUGGUCGAGAGUCGUAUGCGAUGGUAUGGGCAUGUGAUGAGGCGGGAAGAAGAACACCCAGUGAGGAAGGCCUUGGCAAUUCCUGAGAAAAAGAAAGGCAGGGGACGCCCGUUAGCCACGUGGUGGACAACCGUAUCCAAGGAUCUGGAGCGAGCACAGCUUGAAAUACAGGCAACCCAAGAUAGGAAAUCUUGGCGCAUAAAAACGAGGAGAGCCGACCCCAAAUAA